GCUAAAUCUAAACAGCUGAGGAAAAAGGAAGCUAAACCAAACAACUGAAGAAAAAACUAACCUUAUCUAUAACCAUGGAGACCAAGAAAAUCAACCUAACGUUUUUAGCUCUCUGCAUGCUGUGUGCUGUGACUGAAGGAAUGUCUCUGGCAAGAAUUUCAGAGCCCAGAUGUUUAUGCAUAAAUACAGAAUCUACAUUCAUCCAUCCUAAACAUUUUCAGAAUGUUGAACUUAUUCCUAAAGGCCCAAACUGCCCAAAUGUGGAAGUUAUAGUGACUUUAAAAACCGGAAAGGAAGUAUGCAUAGACCCUUCUGCUCCAUGGGUAGAAAAAAUCAUCAAGAGAAUUCUUGACAGCUCCAAGACUAAGUAGUCUAAAAAAGUCCCAUAACUAUCAAGACAAAGUCACAGAACAUAUGAAAGAAGAUAGCAAAAUGUUAUAGUCUGAAUGGAAAACUGAUUAUUUCAAUUGCAGGCAAUACAAUAAUUCUUUGUAAAUUAUUUAUUUACAUAUUUACACAGGGAUUAUCAUAUGUUUAAACUAAAAAAAAGAAACUGUGUUUUAUAGUUGUUUUUGUUUCUAUUUAAUUUAUAAUAUAAAGUGUUUGUAUGCAUUUAUAUAUGUGAAAACUGACAUGAAUGUCUAUUCAAAGUUAUUAUAGAUACAGUGUCAAAUGCAACACAGUGGUGUCAAUCAAAAUCCUUUAGAAAAGUUUAUCUAAUUUUAUUUUAUCUACAAAAUUUACCAUUGAAGUAUAAGGACAUUUUUGCAGAUAAAUAAUUUGAUUAUUUAUUAUAUUUCCAAUAUACUGGGAAAAAACAUCUUGAGCUAUGCUCAACUGUAAGCACUGAGCAAAGUAUUAUUUUUAUAUGUUGUACUUUGUUCUUUGUUACUGUAGUAUUGUAUAAUUUAUUCUUUGUUAUUUAUAUUUAUCAAUUUUUAUAUUUUUUAUGUAUAAUAAUAGUAGAUGCUGCCGUGGAAAAAUGUAAAUAAUUGUUAAUUUAAUGAUUUUUAUGUUAUGUUAUUAUGGAACAUGUUGACCAUGUUUAAUUCCAUUUUAUUUAUUAUUGCAAUAAAUAAAAACAAUUCUCAUUGUUUAAAAA